AUGACAGACCACCACAUCUCCGCUAUUCAAUCACCGGAUGAAGUCUAUGAAAUCCCUCUUCGACCUGUCAAAUUUCCUUAUAUUCUUCCUGCUCAUGCACCCCAUUUUUCCGAUCAAGGAUGGGCAACCUUGUCUUUCUCGCCCACGGACCCUAUCCACAUUUCAUCUCAGAAGCUUCUGCAAGCAAGUAAAUCCUUCUUUGAUCUUCCGCUUGAGUACAAGUCUCAGUUUCUUACGGGGAGGGGUACUGAGGAAGGAUGGAAUCGUGUGGAAGGCGAGAAGGAAUUUAUCACUCUACGUGAGAUCAAUACCACGCCUCCCGAAUUGUUGGAUGCUGUGAAAGAAUUCUGGGAUAUUACUGGGAAUGUUUUGAACAAGAUAUUGGGAGAAACUGCUAGUAGCUUGGGCAUGAAGAAAGAAUUGCUCACACGGUAUUCCGAGCCAUGUCUCAAGCUCCAUCAUGAGAAAACAGCAACCAUGAUCAGAUUGUUCAGGUACGAAAGUGAUGGAAUAGAGGGGAAGGUCGUUUCGGAACCACAUCGCGACCUUGGUCUCUUGAGCCUAUCAAUCAGUGAUGCUCCUGGUCUGGAAGUUUUGGACAUGCAAUCCAAAAAGUCGUUCCCGAUUGAACAAUCGUUUGAGGGGAGAGAUACAGGAACUUUACUCGUGGGGAGAGAGUUGAAUUUCUUGAGCAAUAACAGAUAUCAGGCUGGUGGUCACUCAGUGCGUAUGUAUCCAAAAACUGUGACCAGGGACGAGCCAAAUGGAAAGGAGAAUGAAGAUAAACAAGAGAUGCUGGCUGAACAUUACAGGUACUCGAUAGUUUUUGUACUUCGGGGUCAUGAAGACGUGUCCAUUAAUACGGAUGAAUUGAGGACACCGAUUACAGGACGAUGGAAGAAGCCAAUGAAGGGAUUGAAGAUGGAGAAUCUAUAUCGGCGCUUUAUGAGUAAACAUGUCAAUAUCAAUGUGGAAAUGGAGGAGCGGCAAAAGCAGAGGAAGAGGUUGCAUGAGAAGAAGGCGAAUACGAUGAUAGGCCGACGAGUCAAAUUCACGACAGGAGUUAGUGAUCGUGUUCAACUUGGACAAGGGACAACCUUUUUGCCCGGAAAGAAGGAUCCAUCAGUACAACAUCUCAUCGACCACGUCUUCGAACACGGCUACGUUAUUCUUCCUAACAUAUUUACGCCUGAGCAAGUAGAGAUAGCGAAUUCCGAAGUGGCACGACUUGAAACUCUUGACGCUGGACCUGCUGCAAUCGCUGGUCGAAACUAUUUUGAGGGUUUCAAGACUGGGAGAGUUUAUGCUCUCGCAGACAAAUCCCGAGCGUUUGACCAGUUUCCAAUACACCCCACUGUUUUGGCAUUGAACGAUUACUUCCUUCAACCCAAUUAUUUAAUUACUAGUCUGCAUACUGUGGUAAUCUAUCCUGGACAAACUGCACAGGCUAUACAUUGCGAUGAUGGAUUAAUCGCACUGCCAAGACCAAGGCCACUGAUCGGUGUUGGCACCAUGGUCUCAUUCGACGAUUUCACUGCCGAGAACGGUGCAACUACUGUAAUUCCAGGGUCGCAUUUAUGGUCGGACGAUCGCAUCCCAACCAGAGAAGAGAUGGUUCCAGUAAUAAUGCCGGCAGGCAGCAUGGUCUAUUUCCUCAAUACUCUUUGGCAUUCGGGUGGAGCGAAUACCUCAGAUAAGGCUCGUCGCAGUAUUACAGUUCAAUAUUGUCAACCCUGGAUACGAACAUUUGAGAACAUGACAAUCGCAAUGGGCUGGGACGAUCUAGACAAGGUUCCAGAGAGACUGUUGAAAUUGAUGGGGUUCUCUACGCAUGAUUUCAUGGGCUAUGUAGACGGCCGUUCGCCCCGAGCCGGUGUGGAGAUGCGAAAGAAAAGAAUGAUUGAGCGAGCUUUCAAGGAGAGAGAUGAACAGCGAGGCUCGAAACUCUAG